AUGAAGCUCCCAUGGAUUUUGAUCGGCGUUUUCUGCGGCUUGUGCAGUGGUGCAACCGAACGGCGAGUUCGUCCAAAUCAGGGAAAUAUUUUCGAGUGGCUAGGUUCAAUAUUGUUGCCUGCAACAACAACGACAACUUCAACUACAGUACUAGCAACAACUUCCACAACAACCAGGACAACCACUACAACCAGAAGUACAACCAGAAGUACAACCAGAAGUACAACGAGCAGUACUACGACAUCCAGAACCACAGUGGCAGAUUUUCCCAUUGAGAGGGAUUGUGUUUCUUGUCGCUGUGGCUUGAUUAAUACCCUGUACAAAAUCGUCGGCGGUCAUGAGACGCGAAUUCAUCAAUAUCCCUGGAUGGCUGCGAUUCUGAUCUACGAUCGCUUCUAUUGUGCGGGAUCUCUGAUCAAUGAUCUCUAUGUUCUAACAGCUGCACACUGUGUGGAAGGUGUUCCGCCGGAACUAAUUACAUUGCGAUUUCUCGAGCACAAUCGCAGUCAUUCCAACGAUGAUAUCGUGAUCCAGAGAUAUGUAUCCAGGCUGAAGGUGCACGAGCUGUAUAAUCCGCGUAGCUUCGACAACGAUAUAGCUAUACUACGGCUUAAUCAACCACUUGAUAUGGGGCAGCAUCGUGUGAGACCCAUUUGCCUGCCCGUACAAUCGUUCAACUUUGAUCACGAACUGGCCAUCGUGGCUGGCUGGGGAGCUCAGAGGGAAGGUGGCUUUGGCUCAGAUACACUAAGGGAGGUGGAAGUGGUGGUGUUGCCCCAAUCGGUUUGCCGGAAUGAAACGACCUAUAAGCCCGGGCAAAUUACGGAUAAUAUGAUGUGUGCAGGACAUUUGGCGGAGGGCGGCAAGGAUGCCUGCAGUGGCGACAGCGGAGGACCUCUGCAGACCACCUUCGAUGAGCAGCCGGGUCAAUAUCAGCUGGCGGGGAUCGUUUCCUGGGGUGCCGGCUGUGCCAGGCCCCAAGCCCCUGGAGUUUACACCAGGGUCAAUCAGUAUCUUCGCUGGCUGGCUGCCAAUACUCAGGGUGGCUGUCACUGCAUGCCAUAUCCCGAGGAAGAUUACUAA